AGCGGUUAUCACCAUAUCCGAGUUGCGCAGCGCAGCCAACGUUAUCUGGGCUUUGAAUGGGGCAACUCACUCUAUAAAUUUACAGUUCUCCCUUUCGGCCUUUCCUCCGCCCACAUAUUCACCAAAUUGCUCAAACCACUAAUCAAAAAGUGGAGAGGGGAAGGCAAGGGAAUAGCAAUGUAUCUGGAUGACGGUCUCAUAUGGGGAUGUUCCAGGGAAGAAUGCGAGAGAGUAUCAAAGGACAUUCGAAAAGAUCUCAAAAGUUUUGCAGAAGGGAAGUGCAACUGGCUGCCAGCAGCAGAGACAAAAUGGUUAGGCUUCGUUAUAAAUUUGAAAUCUUAUGAGAUCUCGGUCUCAAUGGUGGAUAGAACUGAAAAAGCUCUAGCUAUACUAAAGCGCAUGCUUUUCGAGAGAGCUCCAUCCUUACAUACCAGGAUGAGAUGGAUGGGCACGUUGGCUUCAUUGAGCAUAGUAAUUUCAGAUUUGAACAAGAGGCAAUCGAGAGCUAUGACAGCAUCGGUGGACGUUGUCCAGCAGAGAAAGGAGGGAGAUAUCUUACUGGAUAGACAGCCUUACAACGGGAAUAUCAGUAUCGCUGUACCCGCCAGCAAAGCCACCCGAACCCAAUUUUAUCAUAGAAGUGGAUGCCUCAGCACACUCGGUGGGGGCCGUACUCAAAUAAGGCGGUGGCAUCAAAGCACACACUACCCUUCCGGAGACACUGUGACGGCCUCUAGUACGAGCAGAGAGCUUUCCGCGAUACACUUCGGGGGUCUGCUGGUCAGGUGUGAUAACCAGGCAGCAUUUAGGAUUUGCAAAGUUGGUAGUAACAUAGAGAGCCUACAGAGACAAGCAGAAGACAUCUGGGAGCUGCAGAGCCAUUUAGGGUUGGUGGAAGCCAGGGUAGAAUGGAUCCCAAGAGAGCAGAAUAGGCUUGCGGAUAAAGAAAGUAGACAGUUAGAUUUCGACAGCUGGCGAGUAAAUAAAAGAACGACCAAUAAAGUACAAGAGAGGUGGCUACACUGUGAGAUUGACAUGUUUGCAGAUGACAAGAAUACGAUAUGCCAAAGAUUCUUUUCCAGGAGCUGGUGCCCGGGGAUCGACGCUUUUCCCGCAACAGCUGCUUGGUCAGGACAUCCCCUAUGGUUAGUGCCUCCUCCUAAUUUGGUGUCCAGAACCUUGUCUUGGGCUCGACAUUUUGGCUCUUUCGGCAUAUUAGGGUGCCCCUACUGGCCAUCACAAGCUUAUUUUCUCAUUUUGAAGCCCGAUGGGAAGAACUGGGCAAAUUUCGUGAGAGACGGAGCCUUUUUCCCCGUCGGUUCCAAGAUAUUCACACCGUGCCCUCACUCCAAUAUAUUCAAUAGUGAGUUUUCGAGGAAUAAGAUUCAUGUUCCUUCUCAUAGAUUUCCGAGAGUCUCCUUUCCCACAAAAAACUAUGACAUUCUAACUGUCCGGCGUUUGAGAUCCACAAAUGCUCUUCUCCGGUGUCGAAAAGCUAUUUAUCCCAUAGCUAUAGCGGAGGGAUAA